UUUCUCACAAUUUUCGUUUCUCAAUUCUUCAUUUUCGUCAAGAUCUCCCUCCUACUUUCGUCAAUGGCCACUCUUCUGGAUUCACUCUGCGUUUCCCGUUCCUCCACUCCUCCUUCCCUUUCCUUCUCUCAGAAGAUCUCUGCUUCUUCGGUUCCUUUGCCCUCCGCCCGUCGCAGCUCUCUUAAGUUGUCGCAGUUCAGAGGCCUUAAGCUCACACCCAUCUCAACCACUCGCUUCUCCUCCUCUCCGGCUUCGCGCUCGAGAACCGCUCGUCGCGGUGGGCGUGUCGUGUGCGAGGCUCAAGAUACCGCCUCGGGAGUGACUUCUAUUACUGAGGCAAAUUGGCAGUCACUAGUCCUGGAAUCUGAAUCUCCUGUUUUGGUUGAAUUCUGGGCCCCAUGGUGUGGCCCCUGCCGUAUGAUUCACCCUAUAAUUGAUGAAAUAGCACAGCAAUAUGCAGGAAAGAUGAAGUGCUACAAGCUUAACACUGAUGAGAGCCCUUCGGUCGCAAGUCAAUACGGGAUCAGAAGUAUCCCAACCGUCAUUAUCUUCAAAAAUGGUGAGAAGAAAGAAGCAAUUAUUGGUGCUGUGCCCAAAUCAACGUUGACCACCAGCAUAGAAAAAUUCUGUUGAGAUGAUUAGCAUAUAAGUUGUCUGUUGGAAGUAAAGCUAUUGUUAUUUUUAGCUUCUUUCAUCUUAAUGCAGAUGUCUUAAGUUUGGAUAAUUUGCUUUGUUAAUAUUAAAUUUGCACAAGUUUUCUGGCGAAGGAAGUUUGGGAAAACCAUUUUAGAGUUA